GGUUUCACUUCAAGGCGUAAAAUAGGAAGUCUAUCAACUUCUGAGGAAUGUGUAAUAUUCUAAUCACGAUUUAUUUAUCCUGAAACGUAUUUGUUGGACACUGCUAACCCGAAGUUAACUCUAAAUUAACUUUUUUGCGGAACGUUUCAAGUUUUCUACUGGUUCUUUUUUUUAACCUAUUUUUCUGAAUCGAAUUUUCCGAGAACGUGAACGCAACCCUUUGCUGAUCUCAUACUGGGGGGGGGCUUACCGUACCGUACCGUGGCUCCGGGUGUGUGCCACUCAGAAAUUAAUAAACACCACUCCAUGAAGAUGGCUCCGCGCUCUGUGCUCCAAGUGGCACUUCUGGUUUCAUUGUCCGUGUGUCUGACUGUUGCGCUGGGCUUUGGACUACCUGCUCUCCUGAAUGUGGGCACGAGGAUGCUGGGGUUACCGGAGACCAGCGUGACCGAGGCCAUAGUUGCGCUGUAUUUACUGUUUGUGUUGUAUGUGGCGACGCCUCGGAUUCCGAGAGGAUUGGUGGAGGUGAAGGGGAAGGCUGUGCUUGUUACAGGUUGUGACAGUGGAUUUGGUAAUGCACUAGCCAAACAUCUGCACAAGCUUGGCUUCAUGGUAUUUGCUGGAUGUCUUUUUAAGGACAAAGGUGGAGAGGGUGCAAAGGAACUGGAAGACAUUCAUUCAGAUCGCUUGAAGGUAGUGCAGCUGGAUGUCUGCAGUGAAGAGCAGGUGAGCCAGGCUGCAGAAUAUAUCAAAGACAACCUGGAGGACUCCGAAAGAGGUCUGUGGGCUGUGGUGAACAACACUAGUGUGUCAACGUUCGGAGAAGUAGAGUUCACUUCCAUGGACACCUACAAGCAGGUGUCAGAGGUCAACCUGUGGGGCACCAUAAGGGUCACCAAAGCUGUUCUGCCGUUAAUCCGCAAGGCCAAAGGCCGUGUUGUGAACCUGACCAGUUUGUACGGGAGGAUGGGAAAUGCCUGGUGGUCACCGUACUGUGUAUCUAAAUACGGCGUGGAAGCUUUUUCCGAUUGCCUCCGCUACGAGAUGAAAACCUGGGGAGUUAAAGUGUCCAUAAUCGAGCCGGGGCUGGUGGCCACGGGCUUCAUGACCCGAGACACUAUGGCCAGCACGGCCAAUAACCUGUGGAGCGAGGCACCCUCGCAUGUGAAGGAGGAUUAUGGGAAGGCCCACUUUGAGCACCACAUGGCUGUGUUGCGCUCUCACUGCAACAGCGGACAGAAGGACGAGACUCCUGUUCUGGAUGACAUCACUGAUGCCAUCACGUCCAAGUGUCCUUACACGCGGUACAACCCCGUGGAGCCACACUGGUGGAUCAGACUUCAGCUGAUGACCCAUCUGCCCGCCGCCAUAUCGGACUUCUUCUACUUCUAAAAGAGGAGCCGUUCCUGUAUGAGCUCUUUCCGUUUUUAUAUAGCAGCAUAAUAAUCAACUUUGUAGCGCGACGCAGAGCUAGACUUCUGCUACCUGUUCCUUAGCACUUUAAACAUUCACUCAUUAAGCCUUAAAACCUAUUUUCUUUUAAACUGCAAGUGAAUUAUUGUAGGAACUACUUUUUCUUACUUGUACCUCUAACUUCUGCAUCUGUAUUGCUUGCUGUGGUAUCACCUCGACAGAAAGAGAGAGCUUGUUUGUCUUUUUAUUCCCUGAUAUUUGUAAUAUUUUGCCAUAUGGCCAGGCUGCGGACUGGCAUGAGCAGCAAAGCUGGUAGAGCUCAAGAAGAAGGCUCCUGCUGUUCUGUUGUGGCUGCCGCCGGAACAAACCAGGGUCAGCUACUUUGAGGCCGUGGUGACAUUUUGGCUCGACUCAACGCAAAAUUACGCAACACCACAAGCCCACUUUGUCUCACAGGCACCAUGAGAUCCUGCGCGCUACUUCAAUGUGAUUAAUGCGCAUGCUGGAAAAUAGGAAAAUAAACCCCCCCACCCCCUUUUCCUAAUGGAAAAGUAUUUGAAUAUAGAAUGAUGUGAAUGAAAACAGCAUUUUAUUUUGAAAAUAUUACAAUCACAGUAUCAUUUUUUUUCUUUUUUUCCAGAGUGAUUUGAAAUAAAGUGACCAAAAGGAG